AUCACAAGCAGAGCAUGCAUAUAUUCGCAAGGACGUCGUACCAAACGGAUAAAAGUACAGGCAUACUAACAACAGUAAUCAUUACACUAAUGGUCGCGGAUUCAGGUGGUCCACGGUCCAAAUGACAGUACUCUUCGGUUCUGACUACACUUUCGACGUAGAUCGGUUGAAGCCGGCUUGCCCAUCGAAAUCAUCGAUUGUGCUUAUAUCAACCUUGACAUUGAGUCCACUCCGGGAAGGAUUAUCGUUAGCAACAGUCACACUGCCAUUGCUCCUAAUAUUGCUGUGGUCAAAUGUGGAUAGAUGAAUCGUCUUUCCACGGGAAGAGGUGUCUGCAAGCUCGUUUCGAAGAUUGGCUCUGGAGUUCAAUGAGGCAAGUAGGCAGUUGACAUAUAGUCUCGGUAGAAUCCAGUCCACAAACACAUCCAAGUUAGAUGCAGGCAUCACGACGACACCAACAAGACCUACGAUGCUCCAGAGACCCGUGAUAAGACCAGUGCUGAUACUGUACAUAAUAAGGCGUUUCACAACAGAAUCUGUAGAUUUGAAAUGAGAACGCCGGCGGAGAAGGAGGACAACAAGUGUCACUGCAAUGGUGGAAUCAACGAAUGCAAUAAGAGCGUUCAACGCCGUGAUGAAAUUUUGAAUUGCCGCAAGCUGCUGAAACGAGACAAGGCCGACGCAUUGUCCGAAGAAAGCGAGGUUGAGUGCGAGAAGCGCGGCAAUCAAUAUUGCGUUAAACCCUGUCAGCAAGUAGCUCCUGUCGCUCAAAUACCAAAUCCGCAUCACGAAAAGGAUUUGAACAAAUGCAUCGACCAGGGCCUGAAGAAUAAUGACCGUUGUCGUACCAGGUGGGAUAUGAUUCAGGAAGGAAACAUCGGCGAAGUGCUUGACAAAAAGGAUAUACACCGUGCUACAUAGAAUGGCCUGGUGGACAGCGUCCAGUACCCAUAUGAAAAUAACGUAGGCUUGAAGUUGCCAUUUAUCUGUUUUCACAUAUCUCUCUACGUAGUAAUAUAACUGUACGGCGGAUGCACCCCAUAAGGCCAUUGAAAAUAACCCGCCAAGAACUAGAAGACCAAUUGUAGAAUCCAAAGAGGGUAUCGCAGGAGUGGUACUCAUUUUGGAUCGAGCUUGUCAGGGAUCCCAACAGUUACAGUGAUUGCUCGAAGGGGUGCACUGCUAAUGAGUAGACGGGUUGCACGAUCCGGCUUUUACAGUGCGAAGCAAACCUGACUUUAACUUCACAUGAUCUCACACAUAACCUGAUUAGAUGCAUGCGAGAUAGAGACAGUAUAUUCGCAAUCUUCUUCCGUGAUCCAUAUGCACCUUAGAACUCCGUUGCGGAGCUAGUAUGAUGAACCUUAAGUUUGGGAAACGGAUCUAUAAAUGUCAUGAUAGAAUGAGCCACAAAGAUUGGUAUCUAGGGUGCCUUGGGGGCGAGGAGCCGCGGCCGAUUUCAAACAUGCCGAAGGCAUGAAAAUAGCGUAUUCUGCAACUUCGAAUAGGGUCUGUUUCAUUUCUCCAAAAUCUGCAAAGUAACAGUGGAACUGCAGACUGGGUCAGAGUGCUGACGAGCGUCAAUAGGGGCUAUAUGCACUUAUCAUGAAUCAGGCUUCCGAAGUAUCCGCAAAAUAGUCUGUUCGCUUUUCCUCCGCACCUUUCCGCACUUCUUAUAACGCACGCAUUAUAAGCAUUCCGACCCUCGUGCACAACAUUGUGAUAUUGACUCUCCGCCAUGACCGACGACCUGAAAGCACUUGGGAACAUUAUCUCAUCAGCUAUUAACAGCAUCUGCUCCGUCUGUGAGAAGACCGGAAAGGGUUUCCCAUCUCUCAACGACCCAAUCCACCCGUCCGAGUUUACACCUCAAGGAAUACGGAAUGACCCAUCAGUCGCUCAGUCCAUCAACCUCAUUGUGGCGGCGGCAUCGCAGUUGCUUGCAACUGUGCGUCCGCCUGCAGCUACAAUGACACUGUCAGCUUUUAAGUAUACGUUACCCGCUGCACUUGGCGUUGCUGAAGCAGGCAACGUGGCGGAGAUUCUUCGAGAUGCUGGUCCAGAGGGACUACACAUUAACGAGAUAGCCGCUAAAAGUAAUAUGCAACCGCAAAAGCUUUCGCGUAUUUUACGUUAUCUCGCAACAGAGCAUUGGUUCCGCGAAGCAAGGCCUGAAGUUUUCGCGAACAACCUCCUGUCGUCACUGCUGGACACCGGAAAGCAGAUCACGAAAGACUUUGAACCGAGCACAAAACACGAUAAUUCUAACGGGAUGUCAGGGCUUGCAGGCUAUGGAGCUGACGAAUGUCUGAAAUCCGGUGCAUAUCUUGUCGAGGCUAUGACUGAGCCGGAUACGAAAUUCUCUGACGAGCCGAACUGUGCCGCCUUGCAAAAGGCAAUGAAGACAACGGAGACGCUUUUCGAGUACUAUGACAGGCCGACGGAGCAGUUUCGCCGAAAGAGGUUUGCUAUUGUAAUGACAACAGCCAACAGAAUGCACACGCCAGAGUCGAUCUUAGCAGGAUUCGACUGGGCCACUCUGCCCGAAGAUGGUAUCGUCGUUGAUGUUGGCGGAGGGCUGGGACACGUUUCACUUGAAAUCGCAAAGGCACAUCCCAGACUGCGUAUAGUUCUCGAGGACAGGCCACUCGUAGUCGAGGAGGCAAAGCGAUUUUGGAAAGAGAAUCUUCCUGGUCACGUUUCUGAUGGUCACAUGCAGUUCAUCGGAACAGAUUUCUUUGAUGCGCAGCCUCAGCUACCAGGUCCUGUUUCCGUAUUCCUCCUGAGGAUGAUCAUUCACGACUGGUCGGACAAGUAUGCAAUUAUGCUCUUACGUCGACUGCGCGAUGCCGCAGGUCCAUCAACUAAACUUGUGAUCAUCGAUAACAUACUUGAUUAUGCAUGCGGUUCCGGAGACGAGAUUGAGAGACCGCCUGCUCCCCUUCUUUCGAACAUGGGUGGAGCGAAUGCUGUUUCGUAUUCCGCGGAUGUCGCGGUAUUCGGCGUCUUGAAUGCAGGAGACCGUACAAUUGGUGGAUUCAAAGAUAUUCUAUCUUCCUCUGGAUGGAAGCUACAAGAAAUUCGCAGGAACUCGAGCAGCUCCAUAUUCAAGCCAGCUAUGAUCUCAGUACCGGUGUGAGUAAAUUCUAAAUCGUCGGCACUGCAUUCCGUCCGUACAGUGCUUCUUAGCCGAACUUUCACCUAUUUGACAUUAUUACUGUUGUACCUCGAAAUAGCAUGUGAAAAUAUACGUGAAAAUAUAUGAAGC